CCUCGUCAUGCAAAGUUCAAUUCGACAAUUGAGACAUUCAACAUGGAGUCGAUAUCAUCACAAACCUUGACCACCGAUACGCAUCAAUUCCAUCAUUUUCAAAAGCUUCCUGAGCACAUCCGCGAAAAGAUCUGGACACAUGUUGCGUACUUCCCUCGCGUGGUCAGUGUUUUGGAAAGACAUUACCUGAAGAGUACCUUGGACAAUGGAUCAGAUGAGACUGAAAUGUUCCGGCUUUCACGGAAUCCGCUUAUGAUGACUGCAUGUUCCGAGUCUCGUCGCGUGGCUCUCAGUAUCUAUUCUCGAAUCGACAAAGAAGUGUUACGAUGGCCCUCAAGUCCAACGAAGCCAACCUACGUGAAUCCCGACGUCGACAUCAUAUAUCGCGGAAGGACAAGCUGUCGAAAAGGAGAUGCUUUUCGCAUGCGGUGUCAGGAAUGGGCAGUCGAUCAGCUACCUAUAGCGUUUACACGCACGUUGGCUGUUGAUCUCACAGCAUUAACUCGGCCCCGAGAGCUCUCUCACAUGCCGUCUCGAGCUAUUCGAAAACUUUCCAAAGCCGCGAGAUCCGAGGAGGAGGGUGCACUGAUGAUUUCUACAAUCACAGAAGCGCUCCGUAAGCAGACAUAUAUUGACAUUGGCCUCUGUUGCAAGAAGGGAUUGCAGGAGAUCGUCGUCGUCGUUGGGAACGACGAGGACAAGCCAGAUUUCAAUUUGAUACCGCUCGAGCAUAGUAAUCUCCAUGGCUCAAUGCGAGGGCAGAUGGCGCUGGCUGCGAUUGAUACUUUUUCUCGGGGUCUGGCAGAACAUUGGACUGCUAAAGAGAUAAAGCAACGGAUACCGGAUUUUCGAGCCCGGGAAUGUUGAAAUGUUAUUCAGAGAUGCAGUACAGAGAAAAAUCGACGACUAGCAAGAUGAAAAUUUAAUGUUAACUUUUUGUAGUGGAAACUUGCUUCUCAGGUUCCGCGAGUGGUUACAUUCUUGAAUGACCCUGAAGCGUACGAUGACAUAGAAUUUCCUGCGAACCGACCUUCU